GUCAGACUAUGAGACAGUUCUCACAGAACUCUCACCACCCAGUUCAACAUGUGGACACUUAUACUCGUCUUGUCCAGUCUAUUCCCAGCUGGAACUGCUGCUGUAACUACAGUAACUGGAUACAAGGGCCGUUCAGUUCAGAUCAGAUGCCCCUAUAAGUCUGGAUAUGAAACCCACAUGAAGUACCUCUGCAGAGGAGAGUGUUAUACUUUCCGGACUAAGAACAUCCCUGUUGAUUAUAAAUCUGCUAAAGACAAGAGAUUCUCUCUGAAUGAUGACACAGCAGCCAGAGUCUUCAAUGUUACCAUCACUGAUCUGAGAUCUGAGGAUGGAGGAAAAUACUGGUGUGUGACACAGCAGAAAGUGCAUGAUCACUACACAGAGAUUCUGUUAGUGGUUAAAGUGGACACACCUAUGAAUGUUAUUGUCUCACACUCCACCUACACCCCUCCAACACCUGAUCCCAGCACAUCGGUGUAUACUGAGUCCACAUGGUCAACUGGAGCUCACACAGUAAAUGAUGUGAACCUCCAAACCAACAGUCCCUCACUCCAUGGUAUGUACCAUUGUCAGGCUGAACAGGUUGCAGUUGAGUCGAGGGUAGUUUCAGUAAAACAAAAGAUUUACUGAUAAAAGCUCACAGACCAGGAGGACAUUACAGAAAACAAAGUGAUAAUCAGGCAAUGAUGAAACCUAUUACAGAUGUCCAUGUUAAUUCUCAAUCUGGAAAAGCAAAGAGCGCCUAAGAUCCAGCAGUUAAUGUACUGGACUAGUGAGCAGAAGGUUGCUGUUUCAAUCACCAACAUUGCUAGCUUACCACUGUUGGACCCCUGAGC